AUGAGUAGUAUUUCAUUGGAUACUCAUAAAAAACUUCGAAUUUCACCCGUCUUCCUAUACUUAACUGGUAUAAGUUCAUCUCAGGAGUCUUUUAGUGCUGCAAUAAUUGAACAGGCACAGAAAUACAAUGUUACAAUAAACAUUUUAGAUAUAUCAAAUUAUUUAAAAAAUGACAUAUCUAGUCCAUCAAACAACAAUUAUGACCUCAAGAUGCCAGACAUAAGCAAAAUAAGAAGUAAUGUAUCAGCAAGUACACAGGUUGAUUUUGUAUCACAAAUAACCCAAAACCUAUGGUAUCAUUUUGCAAAGGAAUUUGGUUGUAAUUUAAUUUUUACUGCUGAAACGAACACAUCUCUCUCAACUAAAUUACUAUCAAACAUUGUGUUGGGGAGAGGUUCACAAAUUGAAAAUGAUAUUGGGUUUGCUGAUCAACGAAAUAGUAGCAUACAAAUAUUUAGACCAAUGCGAGAAAUAACUGAUGAAGAAUUAGACCUAUAUGUCAAAGUAAAAAAAUUAAUACCAGUCCCUAAUUCUAACAAAAAUGAUAAUAAUACCUUGCAGUCAGUAUUAUCAAAUUUUGUAGCAGACUUACAGAACCAUUCUCCUACUACUAUUUCCACGAUAUGCAAAACAGCAGAUAAAAUUGGUUCGAAAAGCCUGCACAACUGUAACAAAAAGUGUGAAUUAUGCCUGAAUCUUAUAAACAGGCCAAAUAAACUAGUUGCAACAGAUGCUAUCACAUUUUCUAAAAUGGUUUCAUCUGGAGUAUGCAGCACAAAUACUUUGGCUAAAGUUUUAGAUAAUUAUCCUUCAAAUGUUUCAGUAUUUCCAAAUAUCUAUGAAACACUUUGCUACACAUGUAGCAAGAAUUAUAAUGAGUUAGAUACAAAUACAUAA